AUGCCUAGUUGUUUUGUUUGUGGCAGAACAAGGAAUAAAAAUUCCACAAUUGAAGAUAUUACUUUUCAUAAGUUUCCUGUUAAUGAAAAAGUUAGAGACAAAUGGAAGAAUUUUGUUUUGGAAAAUAAAUUAAAUAUCCUACAUAGUAUAAAUAAAUAUUCUGUUGUUUGUUCAAAACAUUUUCUUGAGACAUGUUUUGUGAUGCGGAAUAAUAAAAGAUUCUUAGUAGGAAAUGCAGUACCAUCAAAAAUAAUUUUAAGGGUCAAAAGUGCUAGAAAUUUGUAUUCCGAAGAAGUCAAACUACUAAAUCAGCCAAUUGUGUGUUCUGAUAAUGAACCAAAAAGUAGUUUUAAAGUAACACAGACCCUGAUAAAGGUACCUGAUUAUGUUAUUUGUAAUGGAGAAUCAGUAUCAGAUUUCAACAAAUCUACCUUCUCAAAUACAAACACCUCUGUUAGCGCCAAGGAACAUGAAGAUCAAGUAGUUGGUUUUACUAUUUAA